AUGGCGAAUGACAUAUGGACAGUCACAUUCCAUUGUGAAGCAAUUCCCUCGAUACUCAUUCGAUCGUUCCCACGCCCCACCACAGACGCAAGAAAUUACAAAAGGAAAUCGAUUGACGAGCACGAUGAAUGUUCUCUUUUUGAAGAUUUACUCUACCUAAAUCAAGAGAGAAAAGAUUCGCAAAAUGUCCAAAACGAUAAUCUAUUUGUUAAUGUAGAACUUGGUUCAACUCGAACCAGCGCCAUAGGUCUCAACGCAGUGAAGAAUACCAGCUAUGUGGAGCGUAAGAUAAAAGAGUCGAGCAGUGCUAAGAAUUACCAAAAUUUUAGCACGUCCGAUGAACUCAGCCUAGAGUCCCCCCUGAACGAAAUUCAACGGUACCAGCUGACCCUACUGAAGAAGGGCAAUCCCGCCUGUCCCAAAGCACCAAAGGUAUCCAUCACCAGUGACAACCACGAGGGAGAAAAGCGAAUUGCAGAUAACUCUGAUGACCCAAAACUCAAGAAAAUCAGUGAUGAAGCCAAAAUAGGUAUCUCUUUAAAGGAAAAUAUACAUCCUUUAAAUAACUCUACCCAAGGGAAAAUGCAAGAAAGGCACUUGCUCAUUAAACCGAGACGGAAUUACAACGACAUGCAUGCAAGCCAAAUGGAUGACUCGAAUGCGAAUAAUCAAAAUGUGCACAGAUCGAAUGAGGAGAGAUCUGGUGUGAAGGACGACGCUCAGUUGCGAUGUGGCCAUUUCUCCAAUGGACAUAGAAUCCCAGCAUUUGUUGACAUGAAAAAGGGGGAUAAGACCAACCAACCAAAUAAAGCAUUCCAGUACGAAGCCGAAGAGAAAGAAGUUACCAUCCCAAAUAAUAGGUCGGCGAAAGAGACCUUAAACAAUGGCUACUUCCCCAAGGGGGCGACACCCGAGUGGAGGGAUGAAGCUGUGGUGUGUGACGAAUCGAGUAGGCAAAUAAGUGAAAGGAAAAAUAAGGAAAUCUCCAAUUCGAUGGGCCAACUUGCUUUUAAAAAAAGUGCUCUCACGUGUAGGGAGAAUUUGUUUGAGAAUUACAGUUAUGCCAUGCGAGGAGGGAGUGCCAACAGGGAUGACACGAAGGAUGCGAAUAGAGCGUACGGGGCGAGUGAGCGGAACAACCCGGCCGUGGGAUGCGAUGACCAGCGGAGAGGACCCACACGUGACGCUCCCAAAAAGUGCCAACAGAUGGACGGCCACUGCGUGAUUUACAAGAGAGAAAGACAUGGUGAAAAAAAGAUGCCUGAAGAAGAUCACACCAAGGAAGAGGUUCCCGCGAUUCAAUGUGGAAGAAAGGGUUCCAAUCGCUUCCACCCCCAAGAAGAUGCUGCCUUUUCUCCAUUGCGUAGCACCUGUGCGGAUGCAAAUGAGGCAACCAUCUGCAGGAAGGAAAUAAAAACUACACACAAGCAGGAACCGCUCCACUCCAUUUUGCACAUUUCCAACCGAAGCGCCAUACCUUUGCAAAACGCCCCUAAUAAUGUAAAGGCAAAUAUGAGCCUCGUAAGCCACGAAAAGAGCAUAUCGUCUAACUUAAAAGUGUCGGAUCGGCAAAUUGCCCAUGAGAAAGAAACAAAUAGCGUUUCGCGAAAUAACACGCCAAAUAAAGCCACGAAUAAGAGUGUACCGAAAAAUUUAAAUGUCAGCUCGAAGAUAAAAAAUGACAAAGCGGUGACGUACCUAUCGUAUGAAGAUAUUACCGAUUUUGAAUGCGAAGUGGAUACAGAGACGAUUCAGGACAUGGUUGCGAAGCUGGUAGAAGUCAGCAAAGAUCAGGAAUGGACGAAACAAAUUGAAAAUUUAAUUAACUUAAGAAAAAUUUUAAAAUAUUACCACAAGUUAUUUUUUGAUAAUCAUGGAAAGGAGUUAAGAAAGAUAUCGAGGUCAAUAAUUGAGCUUCUAAAUAGUCCCCGAUCUUGUGUGUCCAAAAAUGCGUUGCUAUGUUUGUCCGAAUUUUACUCCAUUGGCAAAAAAAGAAUGGAUAGUACGUUGGAUGAUGUUAUCCUCCCGUGUUUAAAAAAGGCCCACCAGACGUCCACCGACUUUCUGAGCACCGCUGCGAACAAUGCGCUUCUCUCAAUAUGCAACUCGUGUACGGAGAGCAAGCUUAUUUUGCACUUUGUGAAGAUAAUUACCUCAAAGCAAAAGACGUACAACCUGAUAUGCCUCAAGUGCCUGAUCGCGGUCAUAAUCAAAUUUGAGGAUAACAUUUCCAAGUUUAAGGAAAUUAACAAGCUGAUAGAGGCCCUUGUGGAGUGUACCGCAGGAGGAAGUGCGGAGAUGAAGUGCACGGCCAGGGUGGCCUUGGUCGUUCUGGACAACAUAUGCCCAAUCAAGCAAAACGGCAGCAAGUUUCACAUUCCCGCGGAUAAAGUAAAGAAGAUCGAAGGCCUAACGGACCGAACGUCCGAAAGCGAAAUCGACUCCGUGCUGGGGAAAAUCAAGUUCAGUUAA